CAGCGCUUGCGACUUUUCUGCUGCUUGGACACUCAAAAGGCAACAAGCACGCGAUAUUCUCCUCUCUGCCUCGCCGACCGAGUGUGACUCUGAACGACACACAUCAUGACCGACACACCACCCGCAAACGGCCACACACGCAUCCUCCCCACAGCAAGCGACCUCCUGACCCGCUGUCAACUCCUCCUCGACGAACUCGAGACGUUCAAAGAAUACCUCAAGACCCGCAAACAAGAUUCCUCGGUGGAGAUUGCUCAUUUUCGCAACACUGUAAAAUCCGAACACCGCACUCUGUCCAGACUCGCAGACAACGAGGAUGUAGAGGCUACACAACAUACUGUCAAUUCCUCAAAUCUGCCAUUCUUGGAACAGGUUUGGGGAGUUGUGAAGGGACAAACUGGCUUGCAGGCUAUGCAAAAGAGGUUUUAUUGGCAAGAGGCUGGGCAGAAGAGGGGGAUGAAGAAGAGAAAUUCGGCGCUUGUGGAUAUUGUUGCGGGUGAUGGCUUGGAAUGGUUCAAAGUCAGUCUGCUGACGAAUAACCGCUUGCUAUUUGACAAGGCAAAGCAAGGCUGGGAAGAUGCGAGUAGUUCCGAGGAAGAAGAGGAUGAGGAAGAGCAGACACAGCAUGGCAAGAAAGAGGAGGAUGAAGAUAAUGAUGUUCCACUGGUCAAGAUGACCAAGGAUCUCGUCCGAGCGGCAAGAGAAGUCAAGAUCAGGACGAGGAGCCCGACUAUCACACUCGUCUUACCGAAGUUGCGAGAAGGUGAAGUGGCAGAAAUUGACAAGAUACUCGAUCAACUGCGCGCCCUGGGUGUCCGACUCAUUACAUCCACCUCCAUCUCCCCACCCCCACCGUUCGACACCGUAAUGCCCCACCUCCUCACAAACCCCUUCGCCUCCUUCACCCCCACCUUGAACAUCGACUGCACAAUCCUCCUCGCCCUCGUCUCCGACUUUUCCCACUGCUCCGUAACCACAGAACCCUGGUUCCACCGCGCCCUGACCCGCCAAGUCGAAAUCGAAGACGAAGAAAACCUCCUCCCAAACCUCCUCUACCCGGCUCUAGCCAAUGCAGAAUUGGUAUGCACAGACGAAGCCGCAAAACGCAUGCGAGAAAUCGUAGACACAAUCGGCACCAUUGGCGAAAAAACCCGUACCAAAUUAUUCAUGGGUGAUAACGGCCUCUCGCAUGCAGACGUACUGGAGGAAUUGGCUCGGCAAAGUCGUUUCCCCGUCCCUGCAACGCUAAAGCUUCCCAUCACCAUCAUCACACCUUCUGAGCAUCAACAUUCCUUGCCAGAAUCAGCAAAAGCGGUAAAGAAACACUUGACGAAUAUCAAUCAGAGUGUCUUCUUGCAUGGAUGGGAUCAGGGUAUUACGACGAUUACGAGUAACAGGACGGUGGUCAAGCAGAUUGAAAAUGUUCUUGCCAAAGAGGCUGGGGGAGAGGAGGAGUGGCCGAGGGUUUGGCUGUGUCCUACUGCGAGGAGUUUGGUGGGAAAGGAGAAGGGGAGGAGGGAUUGAGAGAAGGGUUUGACUUUUUUGCCGAGGGGUUGCGAAGUUGGUGGAAGAGAGGCAAGGCAUUUUUGCAUGGCAUUAGUGGAGUUUUGAAAGAGUGCUUUUUGUGCGUUAGCUGUAUAUGGAACCGAGAAACCGAACGAAAAGCAUGGCAGAAACGCCCAUGUAUGUAUACCAUGACCCGAAAAAACCAUGGUCUGUGUCAAACAGCAACAAUCAGCAAACGUCUUUCGCGCCUACUAAAUGUGUUUGAUAAUCUACUAUCUACAACUCAUCAAUCUUCACGAUAUUUCUACCUGGCACUGUUUUAAGCG